UUGAUUGGACAGUGACGUUGACUUGACACUUUUCCUCUCACAUUUCAUAAAAAAUAAAAAGUGAAGUUUGUUGUUCGUGGAAAAGUGAAAAACAUCCAAAUAAUUUUUUAAAAAAGAUUUACGUUUGAAAUUACUGAGUGAAAAUUGCAAAUUUAAAAUAUUUUGGAAACAAAACUAUAAUUGUUUAACCGGGUAUUUGAGCAUAUUUUAAUUGUAUUCUAUUGAAUUAGUUUAAUAAUAUUUAUUGUCUAUUAAGACAUGCGCAGAGUCAUAAGUUACAUCAGCUGUUCAAUACAGUAUGGUAAAAUAGUUGUUUGUGUUUAGUAAUUGCAAGGUCAGUCUUUGUGCGAAGUUGUUUUGGGAAUACAUAAGUUUGUUGCGUACAAAUUUAAGUAAGCAAUAUAUAUCGUAAUAGGUAUUAAACAAUUAAGAAAAGUGUUUUUUCUCCUUCGGACUCAUGAGUAGCACAGGUUCUUCUGACUCAAAUGGAUCCAAAAAUUACUUUGUAAAUUUCAACCAGGAUAGCACAUCCUUGGCUGUUGGAAGCAGGACUGGUUACCGAUUGUACUCACUAAGUGGUGUUGACACCCUAGAACAAAUUUACAGUAAUGGAACUGAAGAUACUUGUUUGGUUGAGAGGCUCUUCAGUAGUAGUCUUGUCGCGGUGGUAUCUCUUGCUGCCCCCAGAAAGUUAAAAGUGUGCCAUUUUAAAAAAGGAACUGAAAUAUGUAAUUAUUCCUAUUCGAAUACGAUUUUGGCAGUAAAACUUAAUAGAGCUCGUUUAGUAGUAUGUCUCGAAGAAAGCUUGUACAUCCAUAACAUUAGAGAUAUGAAAGUUUUACAUACCAUUAGAGAUACUCCUCCGAAUCCUCUAGGUUUGUGCGCUCUAAGUAUUAAUAGCGACAACUGUUAUGUAGCUUAUCCAGGAUCAUCAACCAUUGGUGAAGUCCAGAUAUUCGAUGCAAUAAAUUUGCAUGCCAAAACAAUGAUACACGCCCACGAUAGUCCGCUAGCUGCAUUAGCGUUUAGCCCGAACGGAACGCGUAUAGCUACAGCUUCAGAAAAGGGUACCGUCAUCAGAGUGUUUUCGGUUACCGAUGCUUCUAAAAUGUACGAAUUUAGAAGAGGAGUUAAGCGCUGCGUUGCCAUAUCUUGUUUAGCGUUCAGUUUGUGUGGCCAGUUCUUAAGUUGUAGUAGUAAUACUGAAACUGUACAUAUUUUUAAAUUGGAAGAACCAAAGGACAGUCCUAGAAAAAGCGUAGAAGAAAGUAGUUGGAUGGGUUAUUUGACAACGUAUUUACCUACACAGGUUACAGAUGUCUUUACUCAAGGUAGAGCCUUUGCCACUGCUCAUUUGCCAAUUUAUGGUGUAAGAAAUGUUAUCUCUAUAGCUACUAUUCAACAGCAAUUAAGGCUGCUAGUUGCCACAGAGGAUGGAGUACUGUAUGUGUAUAAUAUCGACUCGAAUGAAGGAGGUGAUUUAGUAUUGUAUAAAGAUCACAGAUUAGAUGGUACACCCGAAAAUGUUGGAAAAUCUUCGGAUAAAACAGACAGGGGCAAAAGUUCGUCUCCGCAAAAUAUAGAAUCAGGCAUACUAGGUAGCUACGCUGGCAUCGUCAAAGGCAAUCCAUCCGGCCAAAUGUCAGAAUCUGACAAGUUCCGAGAGAUGGCGGCCGCUACAGAAUCUCCACCUAAAGGCGCAUUUCAAUUUACCGACGAUCAAGAAUAUCCACCUCUCACCCAGAAUUCUGACUGAGAUAUGCCGCAAGAAAUUGUAGAAAUCGAUUUGCUGCAGCUGUCAGUUAAGGAAAGGUUACAGCUAACCUGCGUUUCAAUUUUAGUAAUUCAUCUUGUCGUUUGUUUGAUAGAAGAUAUUAUACUGUACACAUUUGAUUUUUUUAUAUAACAAAACAGUUUUCGGCUAUCCUUUAAUGAAAAUGACAGGGUUGCUUGGCUUUUAUUUUUGAUCAAGGAUUUUACCGAGUGCAACGAUCUAAAUUGGAGGUAAUGUAAAGUGGGGUGAUUUGAACCAUAAAAAAAAUUAUAAAUAUUAACCCAAACUCAGUAUACAGUACUUAUUUUGCUACCUGGCAUGCAGUUAUAAUGUAAAGGGAUAUAAUUGGCAAUAGCGCAUCAGAUCGACCGUAGGGAGGACACACCGCACGACUAGCGUCUAUCCCCUAGGAGAUCACAUACGAUCCUCGAUCCUCUUACGUGACAUGCGCUGUGAAUCCAAUCAGACGAUUUUAAAAUGUAAAAUAAGUUUGAUUACAGAUGGUUGUUUCUUUUACUUUAUUUGCUACAGUACAAAGACAAACAGUAUACAGUGUGUCCACGGAUAAAGUUCACAAAGGAAGAAAAAUCGUUAUGAAUUUUACCAGUUUAAAUUAGAUUACUAGAGAUGGAAAAAGUGAAUAAAUAAAAUUCAACAAAAUUUUAUUUAAAAAAUAUAAUACAAUAAGAAUAGGAAUCACAUGUGGGAAACAUAUAAGAAAUUAAGAUGGCGCUGUCACCACAAUCGGGCUUAACUUAUUUUUUCCUUGGCUAUUUAGAAAAAUUCUAGUGCGAUUAUUUGCAAAAAAAAAUCAAGAUAACCGAUUUAGUAAACAUUUUGUUGUUAGAAAAUUUUUAUUUAGACUUUGAAUUAUAAACAACUUUCUUUCAUAUGCAUUUUGAUUUAAAUAAUAAAUAAUAUUUCGUUCUGCCAUAUACGUUUUAUGCAUUUGAAACAUUUAAGAUACCUAUUCUAAAACACAUGAAGGGUUCCAAAAAAAAAGGGGCUAGUCAACAAUUACCAAAAUGUUAGGGAAAGCAAAUUUAAAAUUUGAAGACUGACUAAAUACAAACUUUUGAUACUUUGAGGUAAUUGAUUACAAAAAGAUGUUACUUUAAUUUACUAGACAGUUGUUAUUUUUUAAUCUUAAACCAAAAGUGCCAAACAAACAUUAGAAAAAGGUGCCAAGUCUCUGGAUUCUUAAUUUAAAUGCACUUUUGUGCGCUUAUUUAAUAAUUUUGCUUAUUUACAGGUAUUUUAAAAAAUAUGGCGAUACCAGUUCAAUUUUGACAAAAAUGUGAUUUAAAGGGGCCCUACAGUCUACGAUUUUUGUGAGAUUUGAACCGUACAGUCCAUAACUCAACGUGAAUUGUUCGAUCUGACUCACAUCUGGCCUCUCCUCUUUUGUCUAAUGAGAAAAUGAGUGAAAUGAGCUAAUUAAAUCUUGUCUUUAGAUCAGAACUGUGCGUUUUAGCCUGCAGGUCAUAUCGGAGCGUGUAGGGCCUCCAUUAGCCCCUAUUUUCCUCUACUCUUCAUAUGGAAAUAUAAGUGAAAAGACUAAAAAUAUUACCAAAAGCAACCAUUGUGCAGAUAAGAUGACAUAGACAGUUUUUUAAUACUUCCGUCGAGCAUACCUUAAAAAUUCUUAAUAAAGUGGUGCAUCAUCUAAAAUAUUCUAAAACAUAAAAUCCAAUACUUACAUUUUCAUAUUUGCAAAGUGAAAUAUUUAUAUAUUUGCAGUAGUGGACUUAACUAUACAGGGUGGGCCACCGGUAAUAAUAGUCAAUAUUUUAUGCCGAUGCACUAUUUUUUGAAUUCGAUAGAAAUGUAUACAGGGUGAGUCAACACAUAAUUUUCUAGUUUUUUAAAUUGACCACCUUGUACUUUAUAUCACCAUUCAAAAGUACAUUAAUUAAAGUUUCAUUUAAGUUAAGCAAGUUAAUAAUUUUGGGAGAUUUUUAAAUAUAAAGAAAAAAGAAAGAUCAUUAACAAAAUUCUUUCAUUUUAACUAGUUGCUGGUUACUAGGAAAUAGAUUGUUUCUUAAUUGGUAAUUGGAAUUUAACCAACUAUAAUUUUUUAUCGACUGAAUAGGUUUUUGACAAUACCUAAUUCGACUUUUAUAUUCAAUAAAAAAAAAAUAGCAACCCAAAACUUUACAUAAUACCUACUUUGUUCUGAGUUUAUUAAGUAUUAUUUUGACAGAAUUUAUUUAAUUAUAAAAGUUUUUCUAAGUAUUCUCCGAUAAUAUUUAUGGGUGAUUAAAGGUCCAACUCAUAUUUCUAAGAGUUUCCUGAAUAACAUUCGAGAUACUUCUUUUAUUCACGACUAAAGGUCAUAUUGAAAAAAAUGGCUAGACUUUUUUAAAGACAAAUAUUGCAACACUAUUGGUAUUAGUAAUAACAAACUGGCAGUAUUGGGUUUC